CAUUUACUUUUCUUAAGUAUUUAUGUUAUUAAACAAUUGGCUAGUAACAAGGGCUCUAUAUAGAAUAAAUAUAGCGCCUUAGUGAUAACAUAUCUAAAGAAUCACAUGAUCUUGAGGUCGGACAAUUUUGUGCAUAGACAAGAAGAUAAAUUGAUACUAAUUUUACUAAUUUUGCUUAAAUCAAAAUAAAAUAAAUAUUUGAAAUAAAAAAAAAGUAAUUCCUCAUUAGUUUAGUAUUUAUGAAAUAAUUAAAAUAUUUUUCAAAUGUUUUCUUUAAAAGUAUCAAAUACAUUCUUUAAUUUAUUAAAAAAUAACCAGUGUAACAAUAUUAUUGAUUUUAAACAACCAUUUCAUAGAUGGCUUGCUCCUACACUUAAAGAAUUGAAACGUAGAAAGAAUAAAUUAGACCCCGAAAAGCCAGUUCAUCGUAAACAUUUCCUUGAAUGGAAUUAUGAUACAGAACUUUAUGCAUUUAGUAAACGUCUUGGAGAACGUUUUGAUAAUAAUCUUCUACAAAGUGUAUUUACAGAAAGAUCUUACAUUAUAAAUGAAGAAGAAAAACAAAAAGAAGUUGGUAUUGAAAAACCACUUAUUGAUUUAAUUGAUAAUAGAGAAUUGGCAGAAAAAGGUUCUUCAUUUAUUGAUGAUUUUGUUAAGAGAUAUUUACGUACUGUAUUUCCAAAAUUACCAGAAGAAGGCAUAUUGGAAAUUCAUAGAUUUCUUACUAAUAUUGAUACACUUUCUAAUGUAUCUUUUCAUAUAGGAACCUCUGAACUUAUACUAUGUUCUGAUUUUCCUGUAGAAAAAUCUACUUUGGCAAAUGUAUUAAAAGCAUUAGUAGGUGCAAUAAUUGAAAGUUCUGGUGAAAAUCAAGCCGCCUUAUUUGUUCGAGAUUUUAUUUUAACACAAUUAGCUGAUAAAGAUAUUCAUACAAUUUGGAAGCCUGAAGACCCCAUUAAAUUGCUUAAAGAUAUUUUAUCGAAUGACGGUAUUGAUAAAAUUGAACCAAGACUCAUUGGACUAGCUGGCAAAAAUACAAUAUUAGCAUGUUUUAGAGUGGGUUUAUUUACACUACCUGUUAAAAAAAUGAUCGGUCUUGGUUUUGGAGAAACAGUUGACAUUGCAUUAAAAAUGGCUGCUCAAGAUAGUUUACGCCAUUUGUUUAAUACAUUAGAAACUACUCUGAUUCCAUUUAAUUUAGAACUCAAUCAACUAUGUUCCAGUACUGAAAGUAAUCUAUUCAUUAAUGAAUGGUCACAAAAAAAGCUUCCUGUGAGACCAACUUAUUAUAAAUUGCAUCAAUUGAAAAUAACAAAUAUAAACUAAUUUGAUUACAGAGUUAGGUUUUAUGUAACUUUUUUCUUAAUAAAUAUUAUUUUACAAAAUAUAUAUUAUAUUUUAAAA